AUGGAGAUGGACGUAAUUGUGUUUUUCGCGGGGCUUUGCCUCGUUUCAGCAGAGUUUUUUAGCGAUCUUAGUCACGUCGAGAAAUUCUUACAAAACAAAGAGUCUUCUCUCAGGAAGAAGUACAGACCGUUCUACCAUCUGACUGCACCGGAAGGCUGGAUAAGCAGCCCUACCGGGUUUACAGUCUUCAAGCGAAAGUACCAUCUAUUCUACCAGUACUACCCAUAUAACGGGGCCUGGGGCCACAUGAGUUGGGGGCACGCGGUGAGCAGUGAUUUAAUUGACUGGGUCCACUACCCCUCAGCUAUCAUUCCAAAGGACUACUAUGACAAACAUGGCUGUCUAGCUGGAACGGCUCUCGUGCGGAACAACUUUCUUACCCUUUUUUACACAGGGACCGUGUUAACUGAAAAUGAAACCGUACAAACCCAGAAUCUCGCACUUAGCGGCGACGGUACGCUAUUCCAGAAGUAUCUCUACAAUCCUCUCGUACGCGACUCGCCGACGGGUAUCGGUGAGAUAAGAAACCCCAAAGUUUGGAGGUUCCGUAACGUAUGGUACAUGGUACUGGGCACCACAUCUAGACAGAGGCACGGCCAGCUGGUUCUAUAUACGUCCAAUGAUAUGUUCAAUUGGAAACUCAAUGGUACUCUAACAGAAUCUUAUGGUGACAUGGGCUACAUAUGGGAGAGCCCAGACAUAUUUGAAUUAAAUGGCUACCACGUAUUGAUACUAUCGGUGCAGGGAAUAGAGGCAGACGGAUACAGAUUCAGAAAUCUCUAUCAAAACGGAUACGUCAUAGGUUUUUUCAAUUAUCGAAAGGCGAAGUUUGACGAUCUGGAAGUUUCGACUGCCACAUUCCACGAGUUGGAUUAUGGGCACGACUUUUACGGGGCGAAGUCGUUGCGAGCACCCGACGGUAGAAGGUUAUUGGUGGCAUGGCUCGGUAUGUGGGAGAGUAACUUCGUCGAGUCCACGGCCGGUUGGGCCAGCAUGCUUACUCUAAUUAGGGAGGUGAAGAUCAACAAACACGGUCGGCUCCUCUUGAUGCCAAUCCGAGAGAUCGUAGAACUACGAACUGAGAUGCUAGAGAACGCCUGGUACAAUCCUGGCGAGGUGUUCGACGCUGAGUCACGGUCGUUCGAGCUGAUCGCCAAUUCGAGUUCAGUAGAUGCUGAUGUGGGGAUUGUAUUUGAGUGGAAGGACGGACGGUAUGCUGUAGGUUAUUCAUCUAAUCACGAAUACAUUAUGAUAGAUAGAGGCGGAGUGGACGGAGUAAGAAGAGCUUAUUGGUCACCAAAGGACGCAGUUAAUUUGCGCAUUUUCGUCGACGCCAGUUGUAUUGAGGUCUUCUGUGGAGAGGGGGAGGUGGUUUUCUCGAGUCGUGUAUACCCAAAAGCGAUGAACAUAAGGAUCUCUGGCGAAGCUCAGUUACAUAUCGUGCAAUACAGACUACGUCGCAGUGCCGGGUUUGAUAUAAAGUUGGCGAAGCGAUUGAAAGAAGAUGACUUGCAUAAGUAUAAUCUGUUCACUCAUCCUAGCGAAAACCAAUGA